AUGCUUUGUCUGAAGACGCUUCUGUUUCUGUUCUUCCUCCACACACAGCUUGCCAAGGCCCUUCCAGUACCUCCUGAAGACCUGGAAGAGAAAAAUGCGAAAACUGUUGAGAAUUACCUACAAAAAUUCUACCACUUACCAAUCACUCAGUUCCGGUCUGCAAGGAGGAGCAGCUCCAUGGUUGCCGAGAAGCUGAGAGAAAUGCAGCGCUUCUUCCGCUUGGCAGAGACUGGGAAGGCAGAUGCCACUACUCUGGAGAUGAUGGGGAAGCCUCGCUGUGGAGUGCCUGACACCGGUGACUUCACGCUAACUCCGGGAAGCCCCAAGUGGACACACACUAACCUGACCUACAGGAUUAUAAACCAUACCUCACAGCUGUCAAAGGCCACAGUGGAAACAGCAAUUGAGAAAGCCUUUCGAGUUUGGAGUGUGGCAUCACCCCUGACCUUCACUGAGAUCUCACAGGGAGAAGCAGACAUCAACAUUGCUUUUGUCCCAAGAGAGCACGGUGACAAUUCUCCAUUUGAUGGACCCAAUGGGAUCCUGGCCCAUGCCUUUCAGCCAGGUCAGGGUAUUGGAGGAGAUGCACAUUUUGAUUCAGAAGAAACAUGGACUCAAGAUUCCAGAAAUUACAACCUGUUUCUCGUGGCUGCUCAUGAAUUUGGCCAUUCCCUUGGACUCUCUCACUCCACUGAUCCUGGUGCCUUGAUGUACCCAAACUACGCUUACAGUGACCCCAGCACCUACUCACUGCCUCAAGAUGAUAUCAAUGGCAUUCAGACACUCUACGGACCUUCAAACAGCCCUGUCCAACCUACUGGACCCAGCACUCCCACAGCCUGUGAUCCCCACCUGAGAUUUGAUGCUGUCACCACACUCCGUGGGGAGAUUUACUUCUUUAAAGACAAGUACUUCUGGAGGCGGCAUCCUCAGCUGAGAGAAGUUGACCUCAAUUUCAUCUCUCUAUUCUGGCCUUUCCUGCCCAAUGGCCUUCAGGCUGCUUAUGAGGAUUUCGAUAGAGACCUAGUUUUCCUAUUUAAAGGCAGACAGUACUGGGCGCUAAGUGGCUACGACAUUCAGCAAGGUUACCCCAGGGACAUAUCCAACUACGGAUUUCCAAGCAGCAUCCGAGCCAUUGAUGCCGCUGUCUCCUACAGAGGGAAGACGUAUUUCUUCAUAAGCAACCAAUGCUGGAGAUAUGACAAUAACAGAGGAUCUAUGGACCCAGGCUACCCCAGAAGCAUAUCAAGUGCAUUCCCAGGAAUAAACUGCAGAGUUGAUGCAGUUUUCCUACAGGGCUCCUUCCUCCUCUUCUUCAGUGGACCACAAUAUUUUGCAUUUAAUCUUGUCACUCACAGUGUCACUAGAGUUGCAAGAAGCAAUUUAUGGCUUAACUGUCCAAUCAGUUGAGACAAAAUCAAAUGUCCUUGCACCUGAUCUACGGAUACAAGAGGGAAGCUCAGCCUGUGUAUUCAUCCUGUGUCCUGCUCACUUCCCUCAACUGCGACCAACGCUGCAGCCGUCCUGAAAGAAUGAGUGUUUGUAACCUCCUGUUCUCCACAGAGGCGGAUUCCUUCUGCACAUCCCAGGCCUGGCUAGUUAACACACAACAAAGAGACAGCAAACCACUCAUCAGCUUUAUCCACACUCUUUCAUUAUCUGCCCUUCCGCCUCCUAAACCUUGUGUUUUACCACUUGGAUAUCUGACUCCUAGUAUUCCUAAAGCUCUUCAAAUGUAGAAUCUAGUAAUGGAUUUUGAUUGCACAUAGGAUUAUAAACGGC